GUUUUCCUGUUUAAGGCAAUCAAUUGGUAUACACAAUCGUGUCUACCUCCACCGCCAUGGUUGAUCAACGUUCCUAAUCGGCGCCGGUAGUCUCACAUGCACCUUUCUCCGCCGGUGACUGUAUUCCUCAAUCUCUAUCCCUUCAAUGUUUCAUCUAUUGACUACGCUGUUGAUUUUCUGGAGCUUCGACUCGUCAUCAUUGUUAUCAUCCGCUUUCCCCAUUUUUCCGACGGUAGGAUCACGUUCGAUACUACGUGCAAUCAAGCGCAGCGAUGAUCAACCUGGUUGUGUGGUUGAUUUGAACGCCACCAAUUUUGAUGCAGUUCUCAAGGAAACCCCUGCUACUUACGCCAUUGUUGAAUUCUUCGCUCACUGGUGCCCGGCUUGCAGAAACUAUAAGCCCCAAUAUGAAAAGGUUGCGAGGCUUUUCAAUGGAGCAGAUGCGGUUCAUCCUGGGAUUAUAUUGAUGACACAAAUAGACUGUGCCAAUAAGGUAAAUACUAAUCUUUGUCGUAAGUUCCAUAUUUCUCAUUACCCAAUGCUAUUAUGGGGACCACCUUCUAAAUUCAUUGCCGGUCGCCGGAACGGCAAACAAGAAAAAGGUGAAAUUCAUCCCAUUGAAGAUGGAAAGACUGCUGAUCUUCUACUCAAAUGGAUUAAUACACAAUUGGGAAGCUCAUAUGGCUUGGAAGAUGAGAAAUUUGAAAAUGAUAAGCUUCUUCAAUCAAAUGUCUCAGACCCUGGACAGAUUGCACGCGCCAUAUAUGAUGUUGAAGAAGCCUUGACUGUUGCCUUUGACAUUAUUUUGGAACACAAGAUGAUCAAAUCGGAUACUCGGGCUACACUUAUAAAGUUUUUGCAAGUUAUGGUGGCUCAUCACCCUUCCAGGAGGUGCCGAAAGGGAAGUGCUGACAUACUUGUGAACUUCGACGAUUUGUACCCUUCAAAUAUAUCGUCAGUGAACAAAGAGGAACUGAAUAAUAGCACCGGACUGGGUGCUCUGCGUACCUUUCAGAUAUGUGGAAAACAAGUUCCUCGUGGAUACUGGAUGUUUUGUCGUGGCAGCAAGAAUGAUACUAGGGGAUUCAGUUGUGGUUUAUGGGUUCUAUUACAUUCCCUCUCGGUGAGAGUGGAUGAUGGAGAGAGCCAGCUGGCUUUUACAGCUGCCUGUGAUUUUAUCCACAAGUUUUUCAUCUGUGAGGAGUGUAGUCAACAUUUUUAUGAAAUGUGCUCCAGUGUUUCUAGUCCAUUCAACAGGACACAUGAUUUUGUCCUGUGGCUGUGGACAGCACAUAACAAAGUGAACGAGAGACUAAUGAAAACAGAAGCAUCUCUUGGAACCGGUGAUCCCAAGUUCCCCAAAAUAAUCUGGCCUCCAAAUCAGCUCUGCCCGACUUGUUAUGCUGCUGAAAAUGUGAGAACCGGAAAUAACUGGGAUCACGAUGAGGUGUUCAAGUUCUUGGUACGCCACUAUGGGAAGAUGCUCGUAUCUCACUACGAGGACAAGGAGAUCAUGAGCCAUGUGAACGUAAAAAGCAGCACGGUUUCAGAAGAUUUGGUGGGGUCAACAAAUGCACUUGUGGUGCCGAUGGGGGCUGCUGUGGCGAUCGCAUUGGCGAGCUGUUUGUUUGGAGCAGUGGCGUACGUGUGGCGUUCACGACAGAAGAAUCGGAAGCCAAGGAGAAGCUGGAGCUGACAUAUCUGAUUAAGCUGCAGAAACAAGUGAAAGAAAGUCAGAUGACAGACCCAUUCCUUUGUGUCGUCUUUUAUUAGCCGUUUGUUUUGAGCCAGCCAGCCAGCCUCCCUCGUAUAUAUAUAUAAGGUGGUAUGUACAGAUUCGUUCCUUCAUUGCGAUUACAGUUGCGGAAAAAGCUUUAUCUUCACCUCUAUAAUAUUUUUUUUCUUCAAAAA